CAUACCCCUGCUCGCUCGAAGACCACCCCACCAUUCCCACCCCCAUCCGCUGCUCUCGACUCUCUUUUUUUCUCUUCUUCCUCCCUCCCCUCGUCUUUCUCUUUGCAACUGACCGUCAAAUCAAACACCAAUUGACACAGGAUGGCGGCCAACAAGCCGGUCAGCAACAAUGAGGAGGUCUUCGAGGAGGGCGAUGCCCCCAAGGAGGCCCAGACCGUGCAUCGCAUCCGCGCCAACUCGACUAUCAUGCAGCUGAACAAGAUUCUGGUUGCCAACAGAGGUGAAAUUCCUAUUCGUAUCUUCAGAACCGCCCACGAACUUUCGCUUCACACCAUCGCCGUCUACAGCUAUGAGGACCGUCUCUCGAUGCACAGGCAGAAGGCCGAUGAGGCAUACGUGAUUGGAAAGCGCGGGCAGUACACCGCCGUCGGUGCCUAUCUUGCUGGCGAUGAGAUCAUCAAGAUUGCUGUCGAGCAUGGCGCCCAGAUGAUCCACCCUGGUUACGGUUUCCUGUCUGAGAAUGCCGAAUUUGCCCGCAACGUCGAGAAGGCCGGUCUUAUCUUCAUCGGGCCCUCUCCCGAUGUGAUCGACGCCCUCGGCGACAAGGUCUCGGCCAGGAAGAUCGCUAUUGCUGCUGGAGUCCCGGUUGUCCCUGGCACCGAAGGAGCGGUGGAGAAGUUCGAGGACGUCAAGAAGUUCACCGACGAGUAUGGUUUCCCCGUCAUUAUCAAGGCCGCCUACGGCGGUGGUGGCCGCGGCAUGCGUGUUGUGCGCGACCAAGACACACUCCAGGAGUCCUUUGAGAGAGCCUCCUCCGAGGCGAAGAGCGCCUUUGGCAACGGCACCGUGUUCGUUGAGAGAUUCCUCGACAAGCCCAAGCACAUCGAAGUCCAGCUCCUUGGUGACAACCACGGAAACCUUGUUCACCUCUACGAGCGUGACUGCUCCGUCCAGCGGCGGCACCAGAAGGUUGUCGAAAUUGCCCCGGCGAAGGACCUUCCCGCCGACGUGCGGGACAACAUGCUCAAGGACGCGGUCAAACUUGGCCGCUCUGUCGGACUGCGUAAUGCCUCAACUUGCGAGUUUUUGGUCGAUCAGCAGAACCGCUACUACUUCAUCGAGGUCAACCCCCGGAUCCAAGUUGAGCAUACGAUUACGGAAUGUACAACGGGCAUCGAUAUCGUGGCUGCGCAGAUCCAGAUUGCAGCUGGAGCGACUCUUGACCAGCUUGGGCUCACCCAAGACCGCAUCUCGACGCGCGGGUUUUCGAUCCAGACUCGGAUCACGACCGAGGAUCCGGCCAGGAACUUCCAGCCCGACACUGGCAAGAUUGAAGUUUACCGUUCCGCGGGUGGAAAUGGUAUCAGAUUGGACGGCGGAAACGGUUUCGCCGGCGCUGUCAUCACUCGUAAGUUAAAUUUCUCUUUUUCAUUAUUCUCGAGUCCAUGUCCACGACAGGUUCUGGACAAGCCUUUUCCUUUGGUGGUCGCCCAGUCAAGUCAACGACCUGGGGCAAGUCGGUAAACUGCCCUUCAAGCCGCGACUUUUGUAUCAAGAGAUAUCUGCCUGGAGUUUUCAUCAUCACGGAUCCUCCGCCAUAAGGGUUUAUUUUGGAUGGUCGACCACGGACGGUCCGCCACAAAUGCCCCGUCGAUGCAAGCAGUGGUACUUGGUCGCACCGACGAGUGCAGGUUGAAGCAUGACUCGAGUUCCUCCGGCUUCAUCCGCAAAACCGCUGACGAGUUGAAUCCCAACUCAAAUUGGCAAGAGCGCCUGUUGCUUCGACGCAACCCACCUUCCUCAACUCAGCACCUUCAACCCAGCGCCUUCCUCAACUCCGCG